UGAAGUAGAAGAUAAAGAAGAGAAGGAGAGGAGGAAGCAUAACUCUCGAGAGAAAAAGAAACGAGCGACUACUGGUUUUCAGCUUUCUGCGGCGCUUGCUGGACCUCUUUCGUUCCUGAGCGCAUCCACAUACAUAUUAUAACUUGGAGGUCGAAGCGGAGGUGCAUGCGCACGACCCUAAGCUCUAAACCGGUUGCAGUCUCAUUUUCAGCGACACUGCUGCUACCGUGAACACGAAGACGUCAACCGGACUUUAAUAGGCGAAUCGAUUACCAAUUCAGGAUGGAAGAUCGUUCUGGCGGUUCGCUUAGGGAGUCUCAGGACUCGCCGGAGCAAUCCAUAGGUAGCGCAAUAUAAUUGUACGUAGGGGAGAGGCAGCCCGAUGCCCAAGCCAUCCCUUGGCAGUGAUGAAGCGCGUCAGCGCCUCCCUCACGAGCGUUACAGCCCAACAGCAGAUGCCCGUGGCUGCGCCGAAUCUUCACUAUCAGCCCAUUGCUCACGGUCACGGUAACCUUGGUCCGGGCUGCAGUAGCGAGGAAUAUACCAAGGAACAGCAGCAGCAACAGCAACAACAACAAUUACAACAACACCGUUGCGAAAGCGAUGAAGGGAAGGGUGUCGUUCCGGCUAAGUCGCCGGCAACGUCCCGACUCCUAGCCGUCGACUCGGAGAAUUACAUGCUGCGUAAGGGCACGAGUGGCGCCAAUGAGCAGCAAUCGGUUCAGAAGCCGUCAUCCAGUCCCUUGCCAUUCGUUCAAUUGGGUCCUGGCAACAGCCAACAAACUAGGCGACCCGGCGGACUCUUGUGCGCCGGCGUGUCACCGGCCAAGCAGCUGACGUUGCCGAGUAGCGCCGGAUGGCAACAGCAGCAGCAGCCGCAACAGCAGCAACAGCAGCAACAGCAACAGCAACAGUCGUCGCCGCCGCCGCCACCACCACCACCACCACCACCGCCACCUCCACCGCCGCCGCCACCGACCAGCACAAUCAGUAACGGAUUGGACCAGCAACUGGAGGGAAGCGGACGAAGAAGGAGUGCCUCGAGGAGCUGCGCUAGGCUCACCUCAUUUCAUCGUCUGCUCUGUUGGUGCGACCUCGACAACGAGGAGAAGAGCUCCUUAAUCGCGAACGGCAACGAACGCUUUAAUAAUAAUAAUAAUAACAUCAGACACGGACGCCACAUUAACAACAUCAAUAACAACAACAACAACAACAAAAAUAACAACAACAACAACAACAAAAAUAACAACAACUAUAACAAUAAUGACAGUAGGAAAAAGAACAAGAACAAAAGCGGUAACGACGGCGGUAGCGGUAGCAAUAAUAACAAUAUUAGCGGAAGAGGCGAGAAAGCGAAAGUGCUUAGACUAGAUGAGGGCAUCGAUAUUCGCGUUGAAGGCGAUGUUGAUGAGCUAGAGGAGGAUGAGGGGGAUGAUGGUCAGGAGAGGAUUGGGGUGGGGAUAGGGGAUGAGGAGGGCGAUGAAGAGGAGGAGGUGGAAGAGGAGGAUGAGGAGGAGGAGAUAGAUAUUGAGAUAUUGAUAAAUAAUGAGGUAGAAGAGAGCGCAGACGAUGAUGAUGGGGAUGAUGUCGUUGAGGCGGGGAAAAGCGAUUGUCACCGGGCUAGGCUCGACCCCUUGUCCACUAGUGAACGGUGUUGCUGUAUGUGUGGUUCUGUUUGUCCCGCAGAGUGCCACGCGUGCUUCCAUAGCGUAUGCUCCGAGUGGGCACAUCGGCGGCCCUGCCAAUGGAGUCCCAAGGGUCAUGCGCAGCCUGGGCAAGUCUACGACACGGACAAGCCUGUCAGUGAGUGGACAUCGCUGAACGUCGUUGAGUGGAUGGCAGCGUUAAAUCUUUACCGCUAUGCCGAUGUUUUUAAGUCAAAGGAUAUCAAGGGUAGCGAUCUGCUUCACCUGGAUCGUGAGAAGUUGAUGAACAUGGGCAUAAAGGAUGAGUUCCAUCAGAAGAAUAUACUUGUGUGCAUUGAGGAGCUGUGUCAGCCGUCGUCCUCGCCGUCGACACUUCCGGGCUCGGAAACGCCUUCUCAAUCCGAGCAACCGAGUCUGGCAAGAAUCUGGACGUCGGCCUCCAAUCACCAGCAGCAGCAACAACAACAACAGCAGCAACACAAACACAACCUUGUACCCCACAGCUUCAGCGUCCUCGAGAAAUGCGACAAGUGCCAUAAGUACCUGAGGGGCCUCCUACAUCAGGGCUUCCUCUGUCAAGAUUGCGGUUUGGUUGCUCACAGGACUUGCUCGGCGACAGGUCUGCCGAUGCCAUGUUCGCCUUCGGACUUACGAGUCAAUAAAUUUACUUCCGUGUUCGGUCUGGCACUGUGUUCCCAGUUUGAUGCUACCAGUCGCAACGCCCCUCUCUUGGUGGAGAGGUGCACGCAGGCUCUGGAGGACAGGGCGGCAACCGACGCCACCCUUGACCUAUAUAAGGUCUAUCAUAGCAGUCCACCCAACGAGCAGACACUCCAGCUUAGACAAGGACUUAAUGAAGACGUUCGAAGCGUCGAUCUGAAUCUUUACACUCCACAAUGUAUAGCCAGUGUGCUGAAGAAAUUUUUGAGGGAAUUACCUGAUCCCGUUAUCCCUGUACAGUGGUACGAUAGAUUUUUGGAGGCCUCUAGUACGGGUGACGAGCAGUGUGCGAAGCGACUUGCCCAGAUGGUCGCAGAACUACCGCAGCAUCAUCACAGUACUUUAAAGCACCUUAUGGCCCAUUUUUGUCGCAUUUGUAGGCUACAACAUGCACGUGGUUACACAGAGCCUCCAACGGUACUCGUCCAGGUGCUCUGCCACCUUUUUCUGAGGCCGCCCUGGGAGCAUAUCAUACAAGUGGUGUACAAUAUUGAGGCACACAUACGUAUAAUGGAGCUGCUGUUGCUGCACUGUGAUUGGGGCGAGCGAUUACCGGAGUUUGCAAGCGCGCCUCUUUUACCGCCUCGGAAGGUCUCCAGGCCUCAGUUCCCCGUCAUCGACCCAACGUACGCCAGUCUCGAAGAUGAGGUCAAUCGUGAGCGACAAAUGAUGGAAUGCCACAGUAACAAGGAUCAGUCACAGUCGCUGAGACCUCGAAGUCUCCCAGAAGCCGAAUGGUACUGGGGUGACAUUACUCGAGACGAGGUGAAUGAAAAGAUGAUAGAUACGCCGGAUGGUACCUUUCUCGUGCGCAACGCCUCAUCCAAAGGCGGCGAAUACACUCUCACACUGCGCAAAGGUGGCACUAAUAAACUCAUCAAAAUUUGCCACAGGAACGGCAAAUACGGAUUCUCUGAGCCUUACAACUUUAAUUCUGUCAUCGAUCUUGUCGAUCAUUAUAGGAAUUGCUCUCUCGCACAAUACAAUGCGACUUUGGAUAUCAAAUUACUCUAUCCUGUCUCACGCUUCCAGCAGGAUGACGAGAUCGCGAGUACAACGGACAUGGCUAAGGUGAUACAAAAAUAUAUCGAACUGGAUAAGGAUGUGACAGACACGAUGAAGCAGUACCAGGAGUGCUCGGAUAUUUACAGCAGUACGACUUAUGAAGUGCAAUUGAAGCGCCAGGCCCUUGAGGCUUUCUCUGAGGCAAUUAAGAUGUUCGAGGACCAAAUAAAGCUCCAAGAGAAAUCCCAAAAGGAGGCUCAACCACACGAAAUUGCAAAUUUAUCCGAUAAUUCGGAGCUUCUGAAACGCCGACUGAAAUCCUUGGAAGAUAGUAGGGAUCAGGUUGACGAUAAUCUGAAGAAAGAAAUUGCACAUAACAGAAGCCUAGAGAGAGACAUGAAUAAAUUGAAGGUCGAGAUAUUCCAGCUCGUUCGCACAAAGGAGAAACACAUAGCGUGGUUGAAAAAGAAUGGAAUGAAUCAAGCAAAAAUUUAUCAGCUAUCGCAGAGUCUUUUGGCAAGUCAGAAUCGUGAUGUUAAUAUUGAACUCCAGGAGCUCGAUCUUGAAGUACACAAUGACGAGAAGACAUGGCUAUACCUUGAGGGUUCACGUUCCGAUGCAGAUAGGAUUCUUACGUCGCGACCCGAUGGCACUUUCUUGAUUCGAAGGUCGAGGAUAGGACAGUACGCUUUGUCAAUCAUGUGUAACGGGACGGUGAACCACUGCAUAAUUUAUGCGACGGAGCGAGGUUUUGGCUUUGCCGAACCGUACAAUAUCCAUGAGUCAUUAUGCCACUUAGUGCUCCACUACGCCCAGAACUCUCUUGAGGAACACAACGAAUGUCUGACGACGACCCUUGCCUAUCCGGCGUUUGCGCCAAGCCAUUCGUUUGCCAAGCUUCAAGCACAGCGGCAACUCCAGCUCCAGCAGUCGAGCGCUGCCUCGGCCCAUCUACUUCAGCAACAACAUCAUUUUCACGCAGCCCAGCAGCUCUUCGCUACGAACUCCACCCAGCAGUCAUAAGGCGAGGAUGAGAGAGUUUCGCCCCAUCAUUUGACCAUCUUUCUCACUCACAUCGUCAGUAGACUAUGCGGGCUCAAGGAGUGUAUAGCUCUGGAAUUU